GGAUGUUAAAACUGACAAGCAUAGAGAAAAUUAUUUAGGACAUUCACUUUUUGCGCCAGUAGGAAGAUGGCAAAAAGGCAAGGAUCUCACAUGGUAUUCCAAGGAUGGGAAGAGUGAGCAAGCAUAUAUUGAUGAAAUAAAUGCAAUUAAAGAUGCUGAGGCGGAUGUUAUGGCCGAAUUAUUAGGUGCUGGUAAAAGGAAAAAGGUUACGGGAAAUGUUACUCAGCAAGAAUUAAGUAAUGUUCUUAAAAGAGAACAAGAGGAGGAUGAUGAUGACGAUGAAAUUCUCAAGGAGGCAACUAAAGAUGCUACAAAAGGGUUGGGAUUUAAGAGUUUCGGUCGACUACAUAUUGAUGAAAUGAUACCGGGCGAUCCUGAGGCAAUCGAGAAUGGGAGUGUGCUGAAAAAUGAUGAGCAAAUAAUACAAAGUGAUAAAGACUAUUCUAUAAGUACAUCUGCAGUAAAAUCUGAUAAUAUUACUAGUAUAUCAGCUGUUUCUAAAAAGCAGAAAAAGGAAAAAAAAAAGAAGAGAAAAAAACAUAAAAAAGAUUCUAGAUCACCCUCCCCUGUUCGAAAGCGAUAUCGAGAUUCUAGAUCACCCUCCCCUGUUCGAAAGCGAUAUCGAGAUUCUAGUAGAAAAUUGAUUAUACAAAUUAAUUCAGUUAAUAUUAAUAUUUUGGAAAAAAUUAGAUAUAUUUUAAUGAAAGAU